AUGAUCAGAAGUGAAAAUAUAUCACUGCAAUCAAAGAAUAACUAUUGGGAAGUUAGAGCAAAAUAUUCUGCUGAUAGACUUUACAGAUUCAAGAAAGAAAAUGAACAUCAGUUGUUUAUUUUGAAGCAUGAAAAUGAAUUGAUAUCAAAUGCUGAGAAACAAGCUCGUCAAUUGGUUACUAAUUUAUUUCAAAGGAUACAUUGUUUACAGAAUGAGGUCCUUAUGGAAACAUACAGAUCAAUGUUGCAUGAAUUGCAAAAACUUCAGGUGGAAGAAGAGAUGAUUAUGCGCAAGCUUUACGAAGUAAUGUCCGUCCACGGUCUCACUAAACAGAAUGAAGACAACUCCAACGCUUCCAAUAAUAGUGCUGGAGCUGAACAAAUCAAUAAUGAAGUCAAUACAACACAUGAGGAUCAGUAA